UUUUUAGCUUGGUAUCUGUGCCUAAACCAUUUUCCUCAGGUUGUGACAAUAUUUAGAAUUAAAUUUAGGAAUUCAAGACUAAUUCUACCAUAUCGGGAUUGAUAGUCAUUUUAAAAACUUUAAUUGGUUCUCAGACUUAAUGAUUAGAGGAGACUUUGACAUUAAGUAGGCUUCUUUCAGAUCACACAGAAUCAUUGGUGUUAUUCAUGUCAGCAAAUAUUUAUUGAGAGAUCUGGAGCCAGAGCGAGCCUAGCCAGGAUCAGGGCAGCACUGGGACUCUCGGAGGCAGGCCAGUGGGACACAAUGGGCAAGGAGAUUGAGACCGUCUCCCUGGGAGAUGAAGGGACAUUCCCCCAGAAGGACCAGACGUGUGUGGUGUACUACACAGGAAUGCUCCGAAAUGGAAAGAAAUUUGAUUUAUCCAGGGACAGAAACAAACCUUUCAAGUUCAGAAUUGGCAAACAGGAAGUCAUCCAGGGUUUUGAAGAGAGUACAGCCCAGAUAAGCUUGGAGCAGAGGGCGGAGCUGACCUGCACCACUGAUGUGGCGCAUGGAGCCACUGGCCAUGCUGGUGUCAUCCUUCCUGGUGCCACCCUCAUCUUUGACACGGAGCUGCUCAACCUAGAGUGAAGGCAGGAAGGAACUGAAGGUGGAGAGAGAUGGCUGCUGCUCACUGGGACGGCUCCUCCUGCUUGGGGCUCUUGAUCAGUGCGCUAACCUUGCUGCCCCACGACAUUAUCCAUUCUCUCUGCCAAAGUUGCUCUGUAUGUGUUGGUCAUUGUUCACACGCAUCUUUGCUUGAGGAAACUUCGGUUGCAGAUCAACAUUUCAGGUUGUACGUUUUGCGUGAUGCAUGUAGAGCCAUUCUUGAACACAGGACACAGAUUUCUUGUUUGCACCAUCUACACUGCCUUACCUUCACUUAAGCCAGACACACAAGGUACUCAGAUAUGAAAUGUACAUGGUGUAGACAGAGGGAGUUGAGCCAGUUACCUUUGCUGUCACUUUCUCGCUUAGAAAUUGUUGACCGCUGACUUACAAACUGUCCUCUUUGGAAAUGACAUGUAAAAUAAAGACUCUGUGCUUGACAAAAAA